UUGAUGUUAAAGAAUUCUAUUCACCUAUAAUAACAAUAUGCAAAUUAACGGAUGAAAAACGAAAGAAAGAGAAAUUUUUUGAAUAUGUUUCACUGCUUUUCUAGAUAGUAAGAGAGUUAGGCUUAUAUCUGGAAAUAAUGUUCACGUUUAAUGCAGAGUCCCCGACAUUGAGAGCGAAAUGUUCCGCAUCGAGUACGGCCGGGAACAUCCGAGUGUUGUGGCGGCCCGCGAGUUCGCCCAAAGAAGCAUGGCCGGCAUCAGGGCGCGCGAGGCAGGACGCAGGGCCGAACAGGAGUUCGAGAGAAUAGCUAGGGAGCCGUUACCGGAAGAUCUGCCCUUUGACGUGCCGUUCGAGGAAGAGUUUUUACGCGAAGGCGACAUAUCCUGGGAAGAAGAAGAGGAUGUACCGAUCGUCUCCAGGAUAAAACCUACCAUGCGUGACGUACCGAGGCGCGAGGCGCCUUUCAGAUAUCCCACAUUCGAUCCGGAGGAGCUCGAGAGGUUCUUCGACGUGGAACGGUAUCCACCGAGUCCUCAACGCGGACCGCCACCAGGUCGUGAGCAUCUCCCGCCAGAUCUCUGGGAGCUGGAGGAUCCUUGGGCCACGUGCGGAGUCUGCAUCCGUUUCGAAAGUCCUGAUCUCAUCCGUUUCGAAAGUCCUGAUCUCAUCCGUUUCGAAAGUCCUUAA